AAGGUGAAAGCGGAAGUAAGGACUUUGCGUGCCUCAUGGAACCGCUCGCACAGCACCUGGAGCGCUUUUCCGAGGUUCUAGCGGUCUCGAGCACUGCUCACGUCAGCACCUGGGACCCUGCCACCGUUCGCAGGGCCCUGCAGUGGGCUCGCUACCUGCGCCACAUCUACCGGCGCUUUGGUCGCCAUGGCCGCAUCCGCAAGGCUCUGGAGCGGCGGCUGCACAACCAGUGGAGGCAGGAGGACGGCUUUGGGUCCAGGCCAGUCCCGGGAUUGACGAACUUCCAGGCCCUCGGGCAUUGUGACAUCCUGCUGUCUCUGCGCCUGCUGGAGAACCGAGACCUCGGGGAUGCCGCUCGUCACCACCUGCUGCAGCAGCUUUUCCCGGGCCCGGACGUCCGGGACGCCGAGGAUGAGUCGCUCCAAGACCGCCUGGUCUGCCUCGCCCGCCGCCGAUCCGCGGUCCACAUGCUGCGCUUCUGUGGAUAUAAAGAGAACCUGAAUCUGCCGGAGGACUCACAGCUGAGGACCCAGGCAGAGAUGCUGCUGGAGCGUCUGCAGGAGGUGGGGAAGGCCGAAGCGGAGGGUCCCAGCACGUUUCUCAGCAGCUUGUGGGAGCGCUUGCCUCAGAACAACUUCUUGAAGGUGGUGGCGGCGGCGCUGUUGCAGCCGCCUGUGCCUCCCCGGCCCCAAGAAGAGGAGUUGGAACUGGGCAGCCCCAGAACAGCUGGAGAGGGGGCUCAAGAGCUUGUCCACUGGCUUCUGGGGAAGUCGGAAGUCAUGGCUGUCUUUUGCCGUCGCCUCCCAGCUGGGCUUUUAACUGUGGUGGCAAGCCGCCACCAAGCGCUUUCUCGUGUCUAUCUGGGUCUGCUAACAGACUGGGGUCGACAGCUGCACUAUGACCUUCAGAAAGGCAUUUGGGUUGGAGCUGAGUCCCAAGAUGUGACCUGGGAGGAGUUGUGCGAUAGGUUUCAAAGCCUCUGUCAGGCCCCUCCUCCUCUGAGAGAUGAAGUUGUAACUGUCCUAAAGUCCUGUAAGGCGCAGGAUGGGGAUUUCGAAGUCCCUGGUCUCAGCAUCUGGACGGACCUGUUGUUAGCUCUUCGGAGGGUUGCGUGAUAGUACAUUUAGGAAAAGACAAGAUUUAGGUCUCAGCCCUGGCCCCAGUUCUCUAUGGCCAACGCUCUGUUAUUAAUUACUUGAAUAUGUGGUUUACAAAAUGAAAAUUCCAGUAUUGUCACCAAAUCUUCUGUGCCUUCAUUUGUCCAAAGUAUUAUUUUGGGUGCUAUUUUUGAGUGGUAUAUUAUAUAAUUAUAAAUAUGGAAAGUAAUUGCUUGUAGUGCCAUGGAUUUUCUGGAUAGAGGAAGUGACAUAUUGGAAGUAUUCUAUUUAAAGCCAGGGAAUUAGCAUUAGUUGUUUUUCAGAAGGCCUCUUUCAAAGAAUGAUGAGAACGUGCACUUUUCAAAGAACAAGCAGCUUUAAAGUGACAUUUUCUAUCAGUAUGAUUUUUCUAAGUCCCCUCUCUGCACCCCUACCCAGUAGCGAAGAGUUUACUUUAACCAACAGCAUAUAGUGGUGUCAGAAAUGUUGGUUUGAAAAGCUAACUGGCCUAUUUGGAGCGUAAGCCCUGGACUUUGGCCUUGGUAACCUAGUAUUGUAACCAGUUAACCAGCUUCAACGUGCAUUAAAAUUGUGUUAUUCUGAAAAUUUG